GACCUCACGAAGACCAAUCCGCUUCAUCUUGCCGUGCGGUUCGGCCAUGCGGGUGCCUCCGAGCUGCUCCUCAAGGGCAAAGCCAACCCGAACAGUUCCGACGAGCAGGGCCACGUGGCCAUCAACGAUGCAGUGGCCAAGGACCGUUUCGACCUUGUUACGAAACUCUUGGAGCACGGGGCACUGGUCAAUGUUCGUAACAUGGCCGGCCUAGAGGCCAUCUCCUUCUCGAGAACGCCGCAGAUGCAGUCGAUCAUCAUGAAGCAUGACGUGAACUUUUAA